AUGUCUUCGCAAUCUAUCAAAGCUGUUCGCUAUCAUGGCCAAAAGGAUAUUCGUCUAGAAUCUAUUCCUCUCAAGCCUUUGGAGCCUGGAUCGGUCCGCAUCGCGCCUAAGUUCUGUGGUAUUUGUGGUACAGAUGUGCACGAGUAUCUUGGUGGCAAUAACCUCAUUCCCAAACCUGGCUCCCCACACGGCAUUACUGGCGAGACAGCACCACUUACUCUGGGUCACGAAUUUAGUGGCAUAGUUGAAGAAGUUGGCAGUGAAGUCACACGUCUUCAGAAGGGUGAUCGCGUUUGCGUGCAGCCUAUCAUUUACGACAAUGAAUGUGGUUCGUGCAAGCGUGGUCUCGUGAAUUGUUGCGACAAGAAUGGCUUCAUUGGGCUGAGUGGUUGGGGUGGAGGUUUGGCUGAAUCAACUGUCGUCCCGCAAGAUGCUGUCAAGAAGCUCCCCGACAACGUCUCCCUUGAAGUUGGCGCUCUUGUCGAGCCGCUCGCUGUCGGAUGGCACGCUAUCAAAAUCUCACCAUACAAAGAAGGUGACGCAGCCUUUGUUGUGGGCGGCGGACCGAUUGGUCUCGCUGUUGUUCAAGCUCUUAUCGGACGAGGAUGUAAGAACAUUAUUCUUAGCGAAGUCAGUUCCAGACGACGAGAAUUCGCAAAGAAGUUUGGUGCUCAUCACGUCUUCGAUCCUACGAAAGACGAUGUCGUGGCGAACGUUAGGAAGUUAACGGGAGGAAUGGGUGCAGAUGUUGGUUUUGACGCUGCGGGUUCGCAACAUGCCAUUGAUGCGGCGUUUGAUUGCUUGAAGGCUAGGGCGGUAUUGGUGAAUAUCGCUGUGUGGGAGAAUAGGGCGCAGUUGAACAUGAAUCAGAUUGUGUUCCGAGAGAGAUCUUAUGUUGGAUGUGCGACGUAUGCUCUUGGGGAUUUUGAAGAGGUCAUUGAUGCUUUGUCGAAUGGCAAGAUUACACCUGAGGGAAUGAUUACUAAGGUCAUUAAGAUGGAUAAGGUUGUUGAAGAGGGUUUCUCAACGCUUAUUAACGACAAGGAUAACCAUGUCAAGAUUCUGGUGGAUGUAAGUGCUGGGGUAUAG